UAUAUAACCAGGUCCAAUACUGCUCAUAAUAUUAUUGUUUGUAGUGGAAGGUGGCUUCAAUAUGAGGCUCUUCAUAUUAUGUGCGUUUCUUUUCUCAUUGAGCACAGCGUAUGCCCAAUUUGGUAUUCCCUGUGCUUGUGGCCCAGAACCGAGCGUAUGCGGCAGUGACUUGCAAAACUAUCCCGGUAAAUGCAACCUAGACUGCGCGAGGCAAAAUGGAAAGAACGUCUAUAUGAUAUACAACGGUCCCUGCGAAGACCUCUACAAUAACAAUAAUAACUACAACCCGUACCCUCCCUACGAUCCGAACUAUCCCUACAAUCCGUACUACCCGUACCCGUACAACCCAUACAACCGUUACCCGUACUACCCGUACGAUCCGUACAAUCCCUAUAAUCCGUACGACCCUUACCUGCUUGGCAGUUCCGGACCAAAAUCCAAGGAAGGCGAAUAGUUGUUUUGGCUGAAUAAAUAUUUCAAAAUCA